UUCCUGUUCUAUGGUCAUCUGAAUUUGCACUUUUGCUUUUGCCGCCGCUAAGUUUCUGAACCCUAACCGUCCGCUUCAGUCGUUUUGUUCUUCUUAUUAAAACUGCUAUGAUCUCUGAAUUUGAAACUGCGGACCAGUGUUUUGCGUCUGACGGUCUGAGAGUCCUUUUGAAAUGAGCGUCCGCGGGUGGCGGUUUGAUCAAUUCAGGGUAUUAUUUGAAGUGGGAUUCGAUGUCUAGCUCGCCCAUUUUGUUUCUAGGCAUAAAGAUGAGUAUCCACCAUCCACAGUUUACGAGUCUGAGCUAAACUAGUGUAGCCAAAAUGUCAAACCGAGUGCACAAGCGGAGAGCAAUGGUUGGUUGCAUAGCAGGAGUAUCAAUCAGUGCCCUGCACCCUUCUUUCUUAAUCGUCUGACAUAUGCCAUGACGCAGAGACAGUGUACAAGUCCAAGCACGCUCUACGGCAAUCAGUUACCUAUAAACUUACUUGUCAGUAUGCCGCAAAAAAAAAAAACUUACUUGUCAGUAGCCAGCAUUAUCACUCCCCUGCAAGAAAAAGUAGCCAGCAUUAUCGCUAACUCUCCACUAAGCUUGUUAAUUAGUUGGCUGUGUGCGUCGUAAUGAUGCACAUGCCGGGGGCUAUCCUCCUUUUCUACAAGAAAAAAAUUGUUAAUUAGACUCCUAGGAUUCCUAUGCUAGCUUGUCUGACUAAUGUCAGAUACAUUGCAGAAGUGAACUAAGAAGGCCUUGAGAGCUUGGGCAACGCAGACAUGUCGGCCGCUGUCACUGCAACUGUAUCGGCGGUCUGUGCGACCGUGGCAGUAGUGAUAACCAUCCUGAUGAUCAGAGGAUGCCGCCGUUGGAGGUGGAAAGUUUACAAGAAGUUCAUGGCCAAGAUCUCCGACGAGGUCAACAGAAGGAACCGAGAGCUGGAAGCAUGCGCUGCCGUGAACGAUGUGGUGAUCGAGAUCGGCCCCGUGGAGAAGUUCCUCCACGAGAUCCUCAACGAGAAGCCGAUGAGGUUCAGCUCGGAGCAGCUGGCGUCGUGCACCGGGGACUACUCCACCGAGCUCGGCUCCGGCGGCUUCGGGGUGGUCUACAAGGGGGAGCUCCCUAACGGGCUGCCGGUGGCGGUGAAGGUGCUCAAGGUGUCCAUGAACAAGAAGGUGCAGGAGGGGUUCAUGGCGGAGAUCGGCACCAUCGGCCGGACCUACCACGUGCACCUCGUCAGGCUCUACGGCUUCUGCUUCGACCCCAACACCAAGGCGCUCGUCUACGAGUACCUCGAGAACGGCUCGCUGGAGAAGUACCUCUACCGCGACGGGGAAGGCGCCGGCGAGGGCGGGAGAAAGGAGAGGCUCGAGUGGCGGACGCUGCACAGCAUCGCCAUCGGCACGGCCAAGGGGAUAAGAUACCUCCACGAGGAGUGUCAGCAGAGGAUCGUGCACUACGACAUCAAGCCGGCCAACAUCCUCCUCACCGCCGACUUCACGCCCAAGGUGGCGGACUUCGGGCUGGCCAGGCUGGGCGAGCGCGAGAACCCGCACAUGUCGUCGCUGACGGGCGGCGGGCGCGGGACGCCAGGAUACGCUGCGCCGGAGCUGUGGAUGGCGCUGCCCACGACGGAGAAGUGCGACGUGUACAGCUUCGGCAUGGUGCUGUUCGAGAUCCUGGGGCGGCGCCGGAACUACGACGCCCAGCUGGAGGACGAGAGCCGCGAGUGGUUCCCCAAGUGGGUGUGGGACAAGUACGAGCAGGGGAACAUGGAGUCCAUCGUGUCCGCGGCCGCCGGCGUCGGGGAGGCGGACCGGGAGAAGGCGGAGACCAUGUGCAAGGUGGCGCUGUGGUGCGUGCAGUUCCAGCCGUCGGCGCGGCCGACCAUGAGCAGCGUGGUGCGGAUGCUGGAGGGGGAGAUGGCCAUCGUGCCGCCAGUGAACCCGUUCCACUACGUGUCGGGCGGCGGCAGCUCCAGCAGCUGGGCGCUGUCGAGCGGCACCGGCACCGGCACGUUCACGAGCAGCAGCCGUGAUACGGGAUGGGACAACAAGGUCUCGGCAGCAAGCACUCCUCGUAAGCCGACAGAUGAAAUGGUGAAAGGUGUCAAGUCCACUGAGCCAGUGACGACAUAGGGGUUUUGUCCAUUUGUAGUCACGCGUGGAGCUCCACACGGAGGCUUGCUUUGUUUCCAGUUUACAUGUAGGAAAUGUUUUGUAAAUACUUCUUCCGUUCCCAAAUAUUUAUCUUUCUAAACA